AUGUCCAACGCAAAUAGCAUCAAGGUUGUGGCUCGGUUCCGCCCGCAAAAUCGGGUUGAAAUCGAGUCGGGCGGCCAGCCCAUCGUCAGGUUUGAUGGACAGGAUACAUGCACCAUCGAUUCCAAAGAAGCCCAAGGUACUUUCACCUUUGACCGCGUGUUCGACAUGUCAUGCAAGCAGUCCGAUAUCUUCAAUUUCUCCAUCAAGUCAACCGUCGACGACAUCCUUAACGGUUACAAUGGCACCGUCUUCGCCUACGGCCAGACAGGCGCCGGCAAGUCAUACACCAUGAUGGGCACAAGCAUAGAUGACGAAGAAGGGAGGGGCGUCAUCCCUCGAAUAGUAGAACAGAUCUUUACAAACAUUCUGUCCAGCGCGGCGAACAUUGAGUAUACAGUCCGGGUGAGCUACAUGGAGAUCUACAUGGAGAGAAUUCGCGAUCUUCUGGCGCCACAGAACGACAACUUGCCGGUCCACGAGGAGAAGAACCGCGGCGUCUACGUCAAAGGCCUGCUUGAGAUCUACGUCUCGAGCGUCCAGGAGGUAUUCGAGGUUAUGAGAAGGGGAGGCAAUGCGAGAGCGGUCGCCGCAACCAACAUGAACCAGGAAUCCUCGCGCUCGCACUCCAUCUUCGUCAUCACCAUUACUCAGAAGAACGUGGAGACGGGGUCGGCAAAGAGCGGCCAGCUAUUCCUGGUCGAUUUGGCAGGCAGCGAGAAGGUUGGCAAGACGGGCGCAAGCGGUCAGACGCUCGAGGAAGCGAAGAAGAUCAACAAGAGCUUGAGCGCCCUGGGAAUGGUCAUCAACGCGCUCACAGACGGGAAAUCUUCGCACAUCCCCUACCGAGACUCGAAGCUCACCCGUAUCCUCCAAGAAUCCUUGGGUGGCAACAGCCGGACAACACUCAUUAUCAACUGUUCGCCCAGCAGUUAUAACGAUGCCGAGACGCUAAGUACGCUGCGCUUCGGUAUGCGGGCAAAGUCGAUCAAGAACAAGGCCAAGGUCAACGCGGAACUCAGUCCUGCGGAGCUCAAGUCGAUGCUCGCCAAGGCCAAGACGCAGAUCACCACCUUUGAGAAUUACAUCGUCAGUUUGGAAGGUGAGGUCCAGCUGUGGCGUGCCGGUGAAACUGUGCCAAAGGAAAAAUGGGUGCCACCUCUUUCGGCAGAUGGCGUAUCGGGAGCAAAAGCCGAAUCAAGACCAAACCGACCCUCGACGCCAUCCCGGCUACUGCCGGACAGGACUGGGGCUGAGACGCCGGCGACUAUGGAAAGGGCUGGAACACCGAGCUUACCCCUGGAUAAGGACGAACGGGAGGAAUUCCUGCGCCGGGAAAACGAGCUCCAAGACCAGCUUGCUGAGAAGGAGUCGCAAGCAGCGAAUAUGGAAAGGCAGCUGCGGGAGACGAAAGAGGAGCUUGCCGUUCUCAAAGAACAUGAUGCCAAGCUCGGAAAAGACAAUGAAAGGCUCAUCAGUGAAUCGAACGAGUUCAAGAUGCAGCUGGAGAGGCUAGCGUUCGAAAAUAAGGAGGCUCAGAUUACCAUGGACGGCCUGAAGGAUGCGAACUCGGAGCUCACAGCAGAACUAGAUGAGCUUAAGCAGCAGAUGCUCGACAUGAAGAUGAGCGCCAAGGAGACCAGCGCAGUUCUGGACGAAAAGGAGAAGAAGAAGGCGGAGAGGAUGGCCAAGAUGAUGGCCGGGUUCGACCUUAGCGGGGACGUAUUUAGCGACAACGAGAGAUCGGUUGCCGACGCGAUCGCGCAAGUAGAUGCCCUCUACGAACUCAGUUCUACGGGCGAUCCUAUUCCACCCGACGACCUCAAGGCGCUGAAGGAGAAGCUGCUCGAAACGCAGGGCUUUGUGCGACAGGCCGAGCUAUCAGCAUUCAGCACGGCAUCGAGCGAAGCCGAAGCCCGCAAGCGCGCCGAACUUGAAGCUCGGCUCGAGGCGCUCCAGCUGGAGCACGAGGAUAUCCUUUCACGCAACCUAGACGAGACAGAUAAGGAAGAAGUCAAGGCGCUCCUAGCCAAGACGCUGUCAGACAAGUCAAACACGCAGGUCGAGCUCGUCGAGGGGCUCAAGGCCGACCUCGCCGUCCGCACGCAGGAGAACGAGCGACUCAAGGCGCUCGUUGACGACCUGCAGCGCCGCGUCAAGUCCAACGGGGCGGUGCCCAUGGCCAACGGCAAGACAGUGCAGCAGCAGCUGGCCGAGUUUGACGUCAUGAAGAAGAGCCUCAUGCGGGAUCUGCAAAACCGAUGCGAGCGCGUUGUCGAGCUCGAGAUCUCGCUCGACGAGACGCGGGAGCAAUACAACAAUGUGCUCCGCAGCAGCAACAACCGCGCGCAGCAGAAGAAAAUGGCCUUCCUUGAGCGCAACCUCGAGCAGCUGACGCAGGUGCAGCGGCAGCUGGUCGAGCAGAACUCGGCACUCAAAAAGGAGGUGGCCAUCGCGGAGCGCAAGCUGAUUGCGCGCAACGAGCGCAUCCAGAGCCUGGAGAGCCUCCUGCAGGAGAGCCAGGAGAAGAUGGCGCAGGCUAAUCACAAGUUCGAAGUGCAGCUCGCGGCUGUCAAGGACCGCCUCGAAGCGGCCAAAGCCGGCAGCACCCGCGGCCUUGGUUCGCCCACAGGCCUCGGCGGCUUCAACAUUGGCAGCCGCAUUGCCAAGCCGCUCCGUGGCGGUGGCGAGACCGCCGCUCCUUCGCACCCCACCAUCGCGAGCCUGCAAAACCCGCCCGAGAAUAAGAGGUCGAGCUGGUUCUUCCAGAAGUCGUGA